AUGCACGAAGAAACGAUUAUGGAACACUGUAUGUAUGAAGAUGAAUCGAGUCCUCCAAAGGAAUCAUGUUACACCGAUAGCGUUACAUGGGUUAUAAAAGAUGCGUCGCGCUCAGUAUUUGAUUCCCCAGAACAAGCAGGUCUCAUUUCUCACUCACCAACGCGAAUCACCAAAACAAUCGGUGCCGGCCACUUUGCACGUCUAUCUAUCCAUCCAAUUAACCUUUAUCGCUUACCAUACCUGACAACAUUGGUCUACUCUCGCUCCAUCGUCGCUGCUAUCAUCGCCGCCAGUGCCCUUUCUGCCUUGGUUGCCCCUGUUCCCGAAGGACAAGGUGGAAAGCCGUGA